GGUCUGCUGUGUGACCUUGCAGUGUUUGUAAACAGACACACGUUGCCGUUUCAAAGUGUUGAAGAACAGGACGGAAUCGCUAUCGAACAAAGCGUGUGGCGAAGGAUUCAUUGAAGGGACACGUUAAGGAAGAAAACCAGUGCGAGUCAUGGAAGUAGAGCCUAUGUGUAUCGCGGAAAACGAAACGGAGGGAUCUCGCGGUGAUCGGAAAGAGGGGGGAAAGAGGGGACGCAAGCCUGGAAGGAAGGCGUCCGAGAAGACGGAUAUGAAAGCCAAGCUCGAACGAAGCCGACAGAGUGCGAGGGAGUGUCGUGCUCGAAAGAAGUUAAGGUAUCAAUACCUCGAAGAGUUGGUAGCCGACCGAGAAAAGGCUGUGCUUGCUUUGCGGAAGGAGUUGGAGAUGUAUCGGCAGUGGGGACAAGAAUUGGACGCCGGACGAGUUCCCGAAGGGCUACAAGCGAUGCUGGAGGAGUUUGGCUCCUUGAAACGGGAGAAAGUGGUCAACUAACCCU